UCAAGAUCAAGUCAUAAGUAACUGAGGGAGAGAGAGAGAGCAAAAAUGGCAAAAGCCACGAACGGUAGAGAGAAUGAGCGGAAGAAAGGGCUGUGGACAGAGGAAGAAGACAAGAUUCUCAUCCACUACGGGGCCAAUGGAAAGGGAAAAUGGAAUACCAUUGCUAAGCGGAUAGGGCUGAGAAGGUGUGGGAAGAGUUGCAGGUUGAGGUGGAUGAAUUAUCUGAGCCCAGAUGUGAAGCGAGAUAGUUUCUCUGAGGAAGAAGAAGACCUCAUCAUUAGGCUCCACAAGCUCCUUGGCAACAGGUGGUCCUUGAUCGCGAAGAGAGUGCCGGGUCGAACCGACAAUCAAGUGAAGAAUUAUUGGAACACUCAUCUGAGCAAAAAGCUAGGCGUUCAAGUGCACAGCGCUCGAUCUAGCACAUCGGCCUCCUCCAGGAGUUUACAACCGUCGAGUACUUCUACAUAUCCAUGUUCCACUUCGUCUCACGACGCGGCCUCCGAAAAGAAACUGGACAAGGACGCGAGACCGGACUGCACGAAAUGGGAUACUAGAGAACCGACCAUUAGAGACCAGUCGACGAGCCACUUUUGGGAUUUCGAGAGCGAGCUCGGUGAGCUCGGGAUGAUGGAGUUCUUGCAGGGGCAGUGUCGCGAUCUAUCUUGGCUUAAUUCAUGAACAAACUCUUAGCGGAUCAUCUCAUUCCCUUUCCCAAUUUCAAAGUGCAAAAAAUAGGAAGAUCCAUCUCAUAUCAAAAUGCCUUAAAAAUGCCCUGCUCACCCAGCAGAGAAUUCUUUGAGUCUUUUGUAACAAGACAUCUUGAAUAAGCUUUGAGG